AUGUCUCGUCUCCGGAGCAAACGUUGGCCUAAGUAUGUGGCCUCAAUGAACAACGCCGCACUAAGGCAAGCCGCGAGUGAUACGCGCAGAUUCUCCAAUGAUCUUAAAGCCGCUGAGCCUAGCAAAAACGCGCAGUUCGCGGAAAUCAUCCAAAAAGGAGCAAGAGUUCUCUCUGAGAUUGUAAAGAGAGGGGAUGGCAGGCGACUUGAGGAUAAGCUGGAUUUCAAUGAAACUUCGGGGGCAUUUCUCAAUAUCGCUACGAAUAUUGAAACUUUACUCAUGGAUCUUCUACUGGAAGCGGAGAAGGACCUCCAUGCUUUAGGGCAGGAAGAUACAUUAUCGAGUAAGAUGGGGAGAAUGACAUUGGUACCAGUGCUCAAUUGA